UGUAACAAUGUCAGUAAUUGCAACUGACCAGUUUCGAAUCUGCCGAGUACCAGAGCUGAACUUUGGCUUGAGGAGACUAGACCUAUUUUUUACUGAGCUCCACUCAUACGCGUAUAUGUACAUACAUAGUUACAGACAUAAUUAGCAAGAUAUGGAAUUAGUUGCAAAAAUAUUCUGCUGCUUUUACGCAUUGAUUAUAACAGUAUCGUGUAGGACCAUAUUUUAUGAACUAACUGCCAGCUACUUUGACGGGGCACCUGAUGGCGUUCCCAAGAAAAUUUUGGGUUUUAAUAACCAAUUUCCGGGACCUACUCUUCGAGGUUCGAAAGGUGACUGGCUUCGCAUAAAAGUGAACAACCAAAUCCAGGACGGACAAACCACGACGAUACAUUGGCAUGGACUGGAGCAGUUCUUGAGUCCUUGGCAGGACGGGCCGAGAAUGCUCACGCAAUGUGACAUCCCGUACAAUCACAGCUUUACGUAUGAAUUCGAACUACUUCAAAGUGGGUCCUACUGGUACCACUCGCAUCACACGUCCCAGUACGCGGAAGGCUUGUGGGGCGUCCUUAUUGUCGACAACACUCCAGCAGAAAUUCAUGCCUACGAUGGAGAGUUUGUGCUCACUCUAAGCGAUUGGUUUCAUCUCCCUUCGAAACAAAUGUCGGAAUGGUAUGAGGACGGUGGGCUGAGCAGAGGCGGAUUACCAUUCCCAGACUCAUCGCUACUAAAUGGACGCGGAUAUUAUGACUGCAAGUUUGCAAACUUGAAAGGUUUGUCGUGUAAUCCGUCAUAUGCAACGAGAUAUCAAGUUCUGGAGGUGGAACGAGGAAAAACGUACAGAUUUCGUAUCGUGAAUCCAUCGACGAUAGUCCUCCACAUCUUUCAAAUUCAUGGUCAUAAAUUGGAAGCGAUCGAGACAGAUGGCGUUGACACGGGUCGUGUGACAGGAGUAGAUCGUGUCACCGUCUCCACAGGUACGCGCUACUCAUUCCUCGUGAAAAUGGACGGAAACCUGGAUCAAUACUGGAUACAGUCCACCGCAGAUCUCCUACCCUAUAAAACAGAUUAUCCCAACAUUAAUCCUUAUCCCGAGGCUUACAAAGCUGAUCCUACAAUGUUAGCCGUGCUGAAAUAUGUGGACACCAACGCCACAGCUUUAUUGUCCCCUUCUUCCAUUAACCCAAAUGCAGUUCAGGGUCGACCGGAAAUUCGAAAUUUUCCACUUCUUCAGUCUUUAUUGGAUGCUCGCAGUGUCAAAGCUCCGUCUGAACCAAUUCUGGAUGGGUUCACCUUGUAUCCCAAGGACCCCCUAAAUCUCCCAUAUGCCACAGCUCCAUAUCCAACCACCGUAGAGCUGGACAGUCCGACUACUUUAAAUUACAUGGACUGUGUUCCAGUUGGCGGGGAGGAAGCACCAAAUUUUGUAAAUCAGACCAUCAUAAUUUCCAUUCCAGACAUUGACCACCCCGACAGCAUACACAAGGUCGGAUUCAACGAUGUCAAGUAUGACCCUUCCUUUCUCGACAAACCAGGAUUGGUCAAAAUGAUCUUGAACGAAACUUUACCAGACUCCGUUCAACCCAUCACAAUUAAUGGUUUCGGGGACGAUUAUGUUGUGGAGUUGAUAAUAAGCGAUUAUGGAGACUCUGGUCAUCCCCUCCACCUCCACGGUCAUACCUUUUGGGUCAUGGGUUAUGGGAAGGGUGAAGAAGGUCCAUUUAACGAGACACAUCAUCGACCCAUAUUACGGUCUGGUGUGCGAAAGGAGACAAUGGCAGUACAACCGAGGUCAUGGUUGGUUAUUCGAUUCAGAGCCAAUAAUCCAGGCUUAUGGCUCUUCCAUUGUCAUAUGAAUUUUCAUUUUGAAAGCGCCAUGGGGCUCGUCCUCGUGGAAGGUGGGGACAUCGUCAAAGACUUGUAUCCACUACCCAAAGAUAUGGUCAAUUUGUGCAAGUUGUCAGGGAUAGAUUUGGCUGAAAAGAGUUCUUCAAACUUGGUGAUGAGUAACCUCGAAUUUCUCGUAGUUUUCUCCUUACUAAAUACCGUCAUGAUGUUGCAUGGGCUUUUCCUGGUGAGCUAGUAAAUAUUCAGUGCUGAUGAAUCUGUAGUCUGGGACUAUAGUUUUUAUGUAACUACAUACAUCCUCUUAAAAAGGCGAAAGUCUGAGAUUUAUCGGAUAUUGUUCACAUCGAUUAAUAGGUUUAAUUUUAUAUCAAGGUUCUGAUAAGUGUAUUGUCAAUCUAUUUAUGCACGGUCUGCAAUUAUUUUCUUACAUACAUUAAAUAAGCUACAAUCACCCCGAGUUUGUAAAUAAUUAUGCAUGUCAAUUGAGUUUAGUUAAAGUUAUGCAAAUCAUAAAGAAUAAAGGUCACAAACGAUUAAAAUAAAAUCAAUCCAUCAAUCAGUA